AUGUCUGAGGAGGAGAUUGCAACAGAACUGAAAAAUCAGGGUGUGACUUCUGUGAAGAGAUUCACAAGGAAAGAUGGUGACUCCUUCGUAAAAACAAAUACAUAUCUUUUCACGUUUGCUCUCGCAAAGCUUCCAUCAUCUAUCAAAGCAGGGUAUUUCAACAUCGGGGUGGAUGUAUAUAUACCAAAUCCACUCCGGUGUUUCAAAUGCCAACAAUUUGGACAUGGUGCUAAAUCUUGUCGCAACUCACCUGUUUGCUCCCGCUGCAGCCACUCUCAUGACAGCACAGACUGCACAGAUGCCAUCAAAUGUGCAAAUUGCAACAGUGCUCACAUGUCCUCAUUUAAAUCGUGCCCCUGUUAUGUGAGACCAACAAAAAUUCUAAAAAUCAAAUACAAUAAUGACAUUUCCUUCACAGAUGCUAAAAAGCUUUUAGACCAAGAGUCACCUACUUCCUCUUCUAGGCUGAAUUACUCUGCUGCAGUCUCCUCGUCUCCACUCAAAGUUGAUGCUUCAUGCCAAACGGCUAUUAACUGGGUCUCAGACGAACAGACCAUUUUAUUUCCAGUUAAUGCUGACAAGACCACUGUUUCUUCGUCAACAGCUUCACAAACUACAGAACCUCGGCCACGAUCUGCACCUGAACCUGAACCUGAACCUGAAACUAUCACUGAAAUGCUGCAUAAUGUAAGCAUGACAAGAAAAGGAAAAAAACAACAAAAGAAAAAAGAAUCAAAGGCCCUGAAACACAGCGAGGUGCCUUUACCAUUGACAGUCCCUCUGGAGGUUCAUAACCCCUUUGAACCUCUAGAUAUGGAAGUCACCCCAUCUCCACCAAUUCAACAGAGAGGGUCUUCCUCCCGCUCAAGAUCUCCAGUUGAACCCCCAUGA